GGGAAACGAAAGCAGAGACCGAGGGGGCCCGACGUAUUUAAACACGAUGCUGCCGCUGCCGCACAAUAACGGAGGAGCGCGUCUGCAGCCCGCUCACUUAAAAAACACGCACGGACACGGAGAUCCCCGCGCGACCUUUUGAUGAUCGGAUCGAUGCUGUUUUAAUUCAGAGAGCGGACAGUCCGCAAAGUCGCUGCAGGAUGAUGAAUAUACACUUGAGAGAUAUGGAAGUGUCACGGCGGGUUAUUGCCUCAGGAAAUGAUGACAGUGUCCUCCAUCAUCGCUUAGCUGCUUAGAGCGAAACUGUCUUGUCUUGCGGCCAUUUCCACGCCACUCUGCCGCAUUUAAUCUAAAGCACAGAAAAGCGCAAACAGGGGUCUCGUGGAGGCUGUGGGAGCAGGUGCAGCCCGUGUGGGCUUCACAGGUAGCCGGCUGUGGACUCUGAAACCUCAUCUGGAUCCGACUGGACAUCAGAUCAGACAUGACAUCCACUAUAGAGAGGAAGACACUGGAAGCCAAUGAGGAGCCGGUGGACGAGGUCCUCCAGAUGCCCCCGUCUCUGCUGACAUGCGGUGGGUGUCAGCAGAGCAUCGGUGACAGAUUCUUCUUGAAGGCCAUCGAGCAGUACUGGCAUGAGGACUGUUUGAGCUGUGACCUGUGUGGCUGUCGACUGGGGGAGGUGGGCCGCCGGCUCUACUACAAGUUAGGAAGAAAACUAUGUCGGAGAGACUACCUCAGGCUUUUCGGUCAAGACGGUCUCUGUGCUUCGUGUGAAAAGAGGAUUCGAGCGUUUGAGAUGACGAUGCGUGUGCGGGACAAGGUUUACCAUCUGGAGUGCUUCAAGUGUGCCGCCUGCCAGAAGCAUUUCUGCGUGGGUGACCGCUACCUGCUCAUCAACUCAGACAUUGUGUGUGAGCAGGACAUCUUUGAGUGGACCAAACUCAACAGUAACAACAUGGUUUAGCAGAAUCUCUCGCCCAACACGAAGGAGCGUCACCCUGCCUUUUCCCGCUGGCUUUAAAGGGAACAAAUUGUUGAUAAGCAGACUUUUUUUGCAGCCUGCGCAGGCCGUACGUAUCACGCAUCAGACAUUCAUAUGGAAUCAUUUUUAAACUCAAAGAGAGGCUACAUCUCUGCACUGCUCCCUGCUGCACCAGCAAUAACAGAAGGCUUUUCAUCUAAGUGCAAAAAAUGCUUAAAUACUGGAAAUACUUGUAAAUGCAAUAAUAGCUGUUUGUUAUACACACUGGAAUUUUAGAACUUGCAAUGCAUAGUAAUGAACAAAAAAGUUGCUAGUUUCUUGCAGUCAAACACUGUUUCAUCAGCUCAGUCUGGUCUGAAGCGUUAAAUGAGAAUUUCUGUAGCGUUUUAUUUUAUGUGUGCGUAAUUUCCUGAGAAUUUCCUGGGAAGAACUAUGUAUUUUGGUCCUAAUUAUAGGGAAAAUAGAAACUUUGCUAAAGGAACUUCACCACUUCCAGUCCAAGUAAUUAUUCAUUCAUUACUGGAAGAUUAAUUCUUCAUGUUCUUCAAGGAUACUUUAUUGUUAUUCUGACCAUGAAAACAUGAAAGAACAAAAUGCAGUACCCAGGUAUCGGUGUAAAAAAUAGCAUUAAGUACUCAAAUUGUGUAUAAAAUAAAUAGAUACCUAUAAAAAUAAAUAAUUAGCAAUAUUAAACCAGUGAAAACGCAUUAGAAUAAAAAUUACAUGCGUGCCUGUGGACAAAUUUCACAUUUUCACAUUGCAGACUGUUUCUUUUUUACAUGAACAGUUCUGUAUUUUGCUCCAGGAAAUUAGAGACUCAAUUAGGAAAUUGCAGACAUGUAAAAUGAAGCAUUACCAGAUUUUCAUGCUAUAAAUGGAAAACAGUCAAUUUUGAAAAAUCCUGAUCAGAAUGAUUGUACUGUGCUGCCAGGUUGAACUGGUGGCGCCCUCUAGUGAUCGAGGGAUUCCACGCAAUACUAAUUUUUCUGACUUUGGAGCUGUUUUCAGUGUCUUUUAUAAUUGUUACACCUCUCUGGAGAUGCACCCAGGACUUUUGGGAUAUUUACUAUUAAAUAAAUUACAGUUUAGAAAAACAGU